AUGUUUAGCAUCAUCUCCAAUAGGACAGUGUUCAGGAGUGCAGGUGAAGUAUGGCACUGUGAAGGGGUGCUGAAUGCUUACAUCGAGGCAGCCUUGGUACUCUACGAUCACUUGAUUACGCUCGACCAAGAAAUCCGGACUGUGUGGCAGCAGAAAUUUUCUGUUGUCUCCUUACUAAUCGUGUCUACCCGAUGGACACUACUUUUCACAACGGCGUCCGACUUCCUGCUAUACGAACCACUAAACAAUGUCAAUUACAGCUGUGAAGCUACUUAUUGGAUAACUAAAAUCCCUGACCUUGUGGGGUUUGCACACAUUGCUGUCUUCUCCGCACUGCGUGUGUGUGCACUAUGGAACCAGAACUACAUCCUGUUCAUAAUUGUGUUCAUCCUGAGUCUCCCGCCUGUGGUUACAAACGCUGUAAGUGCAACUCCCUUCUGGAUCUCUGAACAGUCGCACUUAACACCAAUGUCCCUUCAAGUAUUCCUUAGUACAUGGCUCAUUCAAAUAUCUCCCACUUAUCGAUACAUUGUUCCUCGUCACCCGCAUUCUGUUGAUUGUUGUGGACUUGCUUGUCCUAGUGUUGACAUGGACGAAGACCUACCACCAAUACAAAGAAGCAAGAUCGUUAAACAUCAAGUCUUCGCUUGCUACAUUAUUCUACUAGUCCUGAAUGUCACUGAUAUCGCUUCUUUUUACUUUGUAAGUAGCCCAUCUCUCAGUACCACAUGGGAUAUUGACCACCAACAGACACCCAUAACCAAUGUUGCCUCAUUCACAAGCACACUACCGCAAAUUCUAGUUUGCCGAUUCAUGAUGAAUCUACGGCAAACCAGCCUUGCAAGAUCCAAUACUUCUGAAGUCGGGACGUCUCAACAGUUGGCUUCGUUGCACACAUUGACAUUCAGCAGUGGUGCAACCCCGAGUUUCAUGGGGAACAUGGGCGAACCACUGAACUACGACCAGGAUGACAUGGCUGAGGACGAUGAGGCAUUUGUCAGCGAUGGAAAACCUGCACCGCAGUCUGGAGAACAGCCAGACGUCUAA